AUGUGCUCUCUUCCCAUGGCAAGAUACUACAUAAUCAAAGACGCUCAUCAAAAGACUUUGUACACACGGAAUGGCCAGCUCCUGGUGGGAGACCCUGAUUCAGACAACUGUAGUCCAGAGAAGGUCUGUAUCCUUCCUAACCGAGGCCUGGACCGCUCCAAGGUCCCCAUCUUCCUGGGGAUCCAGGGAGGAAGCUGCUGCCUGGCCUGUGUGAAGACAAGAGAGGGGCCUCUCCUGCAGCUGGAGGAUGUGAACAUCGAGGACCUGUACAAGGGAGGUGAACAAACCACCCGCUUCACCUUUUUCCAGAGAAGCUUGGGCUCUGCCUUCAGGCUUGAGGCUGCUGCCUGUCCUGGCUGGUUUCUCUGUGGCCCAGCUGAACCCCAGCAGCCAGUGCAGCUCACCAAAGAGAGUGAGCCCUCUACCCAUACCGAAUUCUACUUUGAGCAGAGUCGGUAA